AUGGCGCUGCACCAUCUAUCUACCCUGAAUCUACGAAACAACAGCCUGUCUACAGCGGAACCGUUUCUACAGGGUCUCCCAUCACUACAAGAAUUGGUAUUGGCUGACAAUUUCGUAAAGGAGAUGAGUGACCUUGUUUUUCGUGGUUCAAAUUCCAUCAUUUUCGCUGACCUAGCGGCUAAUAAUAUAGCGGAUAUACCGUCGGCAGCACUGCAAAAUCUCACCGUUUUAGAAUCACUUAUUCUGAGUAAAAAUCGCAUUUCGUCCAUUCUGCCAUACACAUUUCAUACCUUGUCUAAUUUGAAUACACUUGAUUUGAGCGACAACCUCAUUGUCGACAUUUCCCGAAAUGCUUUUAGAGGACUGGAGAAUUUAAUGACAUUGAAUCUUGAUGGUAAUCGACUAAGCACGUUAGAAGUGGGUAGCAUGGACGGCCUACCAAAGCUGACACAUCUGUUCCUUAAUAGGAACCUACUCUCCAAUUUAGAUGCUGAUAUUUUCACCAGUGCAUACAUGUUAUCUCACAUCAGUCUUUCUCAAAACGUUUUGAAUGAUGUACCGAUAGACGCUCUUCAGGGGCUACUCAAUUUGAAAACGUUAUUACUUUCUGGAAACUUGAUUACUCAUCUACGAUCAUACUCCUUUCUUUCAUUGUCCACGGUAGAACACCUUUCUUUGGAGGACAUGCCGCUGGCUAAUAUCGAAGCCCGCGCUUUCGAGGGACUUGUGCGAUUAAGAGGGCUAUCAGUAAUGAACAAUCAGCUUGAAACAGUAUCUUUGGACGUGUUCGAUGAUGAUGUUACAGAUAUGAAGACAUUACUACUAACUGGGAAUCCUUGGGUAUGCGACUGUAAUAUGAACAAUUUGAUUAAUUUCUUCAAUUCACAAGGUUGGGUUAUUUCCGGAUCAGAUAUAAAUUUCGGUGAAACGAUAAAAUAUGUGCGUCCUCCAACCUGCAACAUUCCCAUUGAACUGAGAGGUGAACCACUUGAAGACGUGCACUUGCAGAACGCGUCCUGUCCAACUGAUACAACACAUGGUAGAUUUUCUGAAACAUUGAUGGUAACCGAUGCAAAGUCAAGGACAGACCCAAUAGACCAUAGCUCGUUUCAAGAUCGGGACACAACGUUUGAACCUAGUGCUACGGUUACCAGAACAGAAGCAGUAACACAAGCUUUAGCAACUACCCAAUCAUUGAAGACGACACUCAAAACAAUCACGUCGCCAAAGAAGAGCCGGGAAGAACAUAAAAUUUCACCGAGCUAUACCGAGGACGAACAUCAAGGUAAACCUGGAAAUUAUGAGAAACUGACUACAGCUGCCACAAGUGUAUAUAAACUACAAUUUGCUACUGAAAACGUUAUAACAGUCAAAGACAGUAUAACGUUUCAAAACAAAGGAAAGAAAGAUACGGGAAAUGUUAUUCGCUAUUCCAACAAAGAAGAAGCUAUCCCAAUUAAAGUCGAUGUUUCGGUGGCUGUAACAACAGAGGAAAAUGUCGCCAAGGAACUUCUACCAAAAAGUAAUGCAUAUGUUUCGACUAUUAUCAGCUGCACCAUAACUGGGGCACUAGGAAUAGUUUUACUUACAAUAAUGAUAUACUUCAUCGUUAUUGGAUGCAGGCGUUGUUGCUACCGUCAACGCAAGAAAAUAUAUCGAUUGAAAAGUAUUGAGAGUAUUUCUGUUGAUGAUAGACGCGAUAAUGGUAUGGAGUAUUUAGCCAUGAAUCUGGAUAACCAUGACGACGCCGCUGAUGAGUAUCUCGAAUCACAGUGCAAUACGUCACAGGAUGAACUCGAAUCCGGCUGUGUAACGCAGGGUGUUCAUUUAUUUGAAGACUUUCCUUCGCUAAAUGAAACCUCUCUGAAUGGACCCCAAGAUUUCGACAAUGCUGAUAUUUCCCUUUUGGGGCAUGUGUGA